AUGGAUCAUCAAUACAAUAACUUAUUUCCCCCGCCCAUCCGCCCAACAAAUGAUCCAUCGCAUCGAGACUCCUAUCCCGCCGCCAAGCAUGGAUCAAACAUCCAACCUGUCAUCCCUCAGACAGGAUUCGCCGCGGAGGCAAAUUGUGAUAUUUUCGAGCUCACUGGGUCCACGGACGGUUGUUGUCUGGCCACUGCAGUCCAAUCGGUGUCCGGUUCUUCGGUUGCACUUGUCCACAGGAAAACAAACAUCCCCUCGCCAACUGCCUAUCCGCAUACCGGUAGUGCACAUCUCCCCCAGUCUUCCGCCUGCGCUUGA